AUGGGAAACUACAAAGUGUUGAUGAUAUACUUCUCGACAUUCUCCAUGUUGUUCGCUGUGAUUGAUAUGAUUGUCAGACCGUUCAUCCAUAGUCACGGUGGCUGCUUCUUUAUGAUAAUGAGUACAAAGAAUUGGCCGUUUUCUGACAACAUUGCGCAGAUUGUUUUGAGCAUCCUCUGUGGCUUUGGUGGUGUCACUCCAUUCCUGAUUGCAAUUCAUUUUAUUUAUCGGUAUUUCGCCCUGGAGAGAAAAGGAAACCUCAAAUAUUUCUCCGGGAAAUAUCUAAUCAUCUGGUUCAUGAUUCCAAUCCUUGGUGGUGUCAAUUGGUUUCACUUGUCAUGGUUUUACUACCGAAGGAAUGACAAGACUACAGAGUAUAUUAGAGCUUCUGUACUUGAAAACUUCGGUCUCCACAUGAACGAGACCGUCUACUCGGCUGCACUCUUUUAUCCACCAGACGAGAACGGAGUACCUCGAUUGGAUCUUUAUAUUCUUCUCAGCUAUGUUAUCCUGUCGAUCAGUAUGGCAGUACCAUUCACAAUACUGAUAGUCGCCGGAGCUUUGAGUCAUUCAAAAAUCAAGAAAUUAAUAGAACAUGGAGAGUGUGAAUACACAAAGAGACUUCAACUACAGUUGUACAGAGCGUUGGUGGUUCAGACCUUUCUCCCAGUCUUCCUCUUCUUCAUGCCGUUGGGAGUACUGUUCACUGCUCCAUUAUUCCACGUGGAUAUUGAAAGUUGGUCAUACAUCACCACGUACUUGUAUGCAUUGUAUCCAGCAGUGGAUCCCCUCCCGAUCAUGUUUAUUGUCGAGGAGUAUCGAAAUGCGUUCUAUGAAAUAUUCGACUGCUUCCGUUGCAGCCAUCCAUCCAAAAUUGAAGACAACUCAAAUAUGUAUCGGGAGAGCCAAACUAUUUAG